GGCUCCGCUGUGGGCGUGGCCUCCGGCGGCGCGUGCCUCCGGUCCCGGUGCCGUCAUGUCUCCCCGCAAUGGCCGCCGCACGGGCGCGCACCGCUCUCACUCGUUCGCCCGGCACAUGAAAACCAAGCGGCGGCGGCGAGACCUGGAUGAGAUCCACGCCGACCUGCGGCCGCAGAACGCCGCCCGGCUGCUGCGCCAGGAACCCGACCCCGACCUGCCGGGCUGCGGGCAGUUCUACUGCCUGCACUGCGCGCGCUACUUUGUGGACCUGACCAGCAUGAAGGAACACUUCAAAUCCAAGGUGCAUAAGAAGAGGCUAAAGCAGCUGCGGGAGGCGCCGUACACGCAGGAGGAGGCAGAGCGCGCUGCUGGGAUGGGCUCCUACAUCCCCCCAAAGAAGGUGGAAGUGCAGACCCAGCCGCUUGAGGAAGUCACCGAGAUGGAGGCCUCCAGCUGAGCGCAGGGACUAAGAGGCCGAGCAGCUCCGCAACAGCAUCUUUGUCCUCAACUCUGUGAGAAAAACAUGCCCCGGCACAGCCUGCCAGCAACAAAACACUCUGCUCCUCCUGGCAGCUCUUUUCUCCAGAGCACUAACGAGGAGAGGGAGCCAGCAAGACCUCAGCUGCCCUCGCGGCGUGUCCUCCUUUUUGGGAAAAGGACAAACCACUUGUUCCCUAAGAGACUGUAUGCUCAUCUCUCUGCUUUCAGAGCAGUCUGGGGCCUCUCUCCGUGGGUCAGAGGUUGCCCUGGUGACUUGCCCAUUAAAAUAUGUCAACCACGAGACCAGCAGUGGUGAGAGCUGU